UGGGACAUCUGUACAGUGUUGUCCAGGAAUGUGUUGACCGUUGACUGUUUAUGUCCCCAGUAUGCUGAGGACAGUCCAGCUCUGAUACAUAAAAACAUUUAAUCAUGUUGCUCAUCUGUUGCUUUACAGGCCAGAGUUCAAGGACUACGUGUGAAACACCCACAUCAGUGCUGGAGUCUGCUGACAGUUAUGUGUUGCUCUGUUUCACUCCUGUAUCAUCGUCUCUCUCCUGUUUGAAUAAAGUCUGAACAAUGAUGAAUGUUUUUUCUUUACUUCACAUGAUGCACUAAUAAUAACAACUGAAUCAGGUGAGAAUUGUUUAUGAAAUAUAAUAUAUCAUUAAGGCAAUUAACAGCAUAAACAGUGUUUACAGAAAGGAUGUCCAGAGUCUGAUGACAAACAGGUCAGGACGUCUUCUCUCAGCGUCUUCUUUUGUCCUCUUCUUCUUUGUUCUGCAGAAGGCGUACAGCAUUGACCACGAGCCUCCAGCAAAGCAGCAGUGUGUGAAAAAUGGAAAGCACUCAAACAGCAGAGCCUCAGCGAAUGCCAACCUGCAGCAGCAUCGGUCUGAGGGUGUCCACAGGAAGCCGUCCCCGGUGUCCAGCCACGUCCCCCAGCCCGACUACCCGCAGGGGGGUGAGGACGAUGACCUCAUCAAACCCAAAAAACUCAUCAAUCCUGUCAAAGCUUCAAAGAGUCACCAAGAACUUCACAGAGAGCUGAUGAGCAGCUGCAAACGGGGCGGGGCCAUUUUGGAGGUGAAGCCAGAGCUGCAGAGAGUCCUUGAGUCCAGGAAGAGAGAUCAGCUGAUCAAACAGAGGAAACAGGAAGAGGAAGCUCACAGGAAGAUCUCUCCUCUGGAGGCCGAGCUGCUCAAGAGACACAGGAAGCUGGACGAGCUGGACAGACAACAGGAGAAGGAGCAGGAGGACAACCUGAGAGCUCCAGAGUUCGUCAAGGUGAAGGAGAAUCUGAGACGGACGUCCAUUCACAGUAAAGAUGAGAAGGAGGUGUAAAGACAGCUGCUGUCCUCCAGGAGACAGACAACUGAGAAGAGGACUGUCCACAGGUUCACAGGACACAAUGAGGACAUGAUGAGGACACUGGGGACACUGAAGACACACUGAGGACACACUGAGGACACACUGAGGAGACAAUAAAGACACUGAAGACACACUGAGGACACACUGAGGACACACUGAGGAGACAAUAAAGACACUGAAGACACACUGAGGACACACUGAGGACACACUGAGGAGACAAUAAAGACACUGACGACACACUGAGGACACAGAAGACGCUGAAGACAGACUGAACACACACUGAGGAGACAAUACAGACACUGAGGACACACUGAGAGGAGGAGCUGGUCGGAUCGAUCAACCCUUGGUGGCUGUCCAAGGUUGUCAGUUUGGACACCUGGCAGGUGAUGGACAGGUGAACGGGCAUGUCUUGCCUGGUGGACGUCUGUCAGAUGGACAGAGUUAGAACUGAUCGAUCAUCAGUAAAGAUUUUCUGGUUAAUAUUAAAAGAUAAUUAAUCUGCUGAACAUUUAACUGUCCCUCGUCACAGAGCACGUUAAUUGUCAUGAUGAUGUCAUGGUGAUGUCAUGAUGAUGAUGUCAUGUGUAGAGACUCAUAUCUGUUUUUAAACCUGAUCUCAGUAUUAUAAAGUCUGUUGUUUUAAUAAGUUGGCAGGUUUUCAUUUUGUUACUUAUUGAUUAAUGGAAAAUAUCUUCAUCAUGAUGAUUUUUAGGAGAAUUUUGUAUUUCCACGUCACUUUUUUAUAUUGAUUGACCCGUAACUGAAGCCUGAUGUCAGAUGAUGAUGUCAUCAUUUAAUCCUUAUUGAGUUGAACAAUCACUUAAAUCAUUUUAAUGACUAACUUAUAUUUUAGAGCAUGUGAACAUUAGAGUCUAAACUAUUUUUAUUGGCAUUUGACUCUGUGGCUUUUAAAGUGACGACUGUUUUGAUUCACAGCUGAAUAAAAUUAGUUUGUUGACAUGA